AUGGGAGUCCUGACUCCAGAAAAGUCACAAGUUAUAGAAGCUCAUGUGAUCCUGAACUUUGCUUUGUCUCUUCAGAAGACUGUAGCUUGGAACCAUACCUUAUAUGCUCGAGAUAUUCGCAAUUCUCGAAUCUCAUUUAAGAACGUGAAGAACUAUGAUAUAUGUCAAUAUUAUUGCAAUCAGGAUUAUCUUGGGUCGUCGGCCAAUGGUUAG